UACAUGCUCUGUACAAUGUUACGUGCAGCAGACAUAACCCUCGGCAACCACCACCGAUAUCGCAAUGCCCCCCCAGCCCCUUGAUAUCAACCUGGAAUGCUCUUUCCAACGUUAACAUGCCUGCGCUUUGUAUGCUUACGACAGGCUAGAGUCGGCGGGUACGGGUUUGCGUCCCAUUCAAUUAUACUCUAUUGUACAAUACAAUACCUGCUUGACCACUUACUGAUCCCCAGGAAACAUCAUAACUUCAUCUGGCAGUUCUUUCCAAGCCGACGUCCCGGGAGCCGCUAUGCGCUGGUGCUCUCUUUGGCGAGGGCAGCAAGCCAGGCGCUCACUGGGGAAUUAGCUAUCGCGUGUCUUAUACCCGGGACGUUGGAAUGGGACCCGCCAGCUGAGAACAUCCGUGCCGGACGUAAAGCCUGGUUCUACGGGUGCCGGUCCACCGGAACUGACGGCUGGCGAGGUGGGCGAGGUGGGUUUGAAGCUCGACGUCUCGAACUAGAAACGACCAGCGACUCGCGAUACAGAAUCUGUGUCCCCAGUGUCCCAUUAUUGAGUUUGGCCGUUCUUUUGGAGACGGUUCCUACAGUUGACAGUUGACAUAGAUCAGCACGUGCACUUCCUACCAUAUGUUCACCAUCUUCCCUGUCAACAGUCAAUACAUUGAUCUGCUCCGCCUUUCGAGUCGGGGGCCGCUUAUUCCCGGCGUUGAGAGGUGCCGCUCCACCUUUCUACAUG